CGCGGUUCAAUUGCUGUUUAUCGUGGCCCAUGUGAAAGCCCCUUUAGGCAUUUGUAGAUCAGCCCUCCACUUCUCAGCAGCGUCGCGCGCCCAAAUGAUCGCCAGAAUGGAGUGAACCGUGUGCGUGCGUGUGCGUGCGUGUACGUGCGCGUGGCGCCAGGGAAAUGCAGAGUGAGCCACGCAGAACACUACCAUAAUAGGCACAAGCUACCACGCGCACAGGCGAAGCCGCUUGAUAAAACACACUUACUGAAAGGAGGGCUUUGUAACUUCACUGUCAACGAGACUAAAAUGGGAGGCAAGCUCAGCAAAAAGAAGAAGGGAUACAAUGUAAACGAUGAGAAGGCCAAGGACAAGGAUGCCAAACCAGAGGGCGCAACAGCCGAGGAGAGCGAACCUCAGAACGACAAAAAGGACGAGGCCCCUGCUCCCGCCGAGACCACCGAGGUAGCUAACGACACAAAGGAUGUGCCCGCAGCCAAUACCACGACGACCAAGGAGGAAGAAAAAGGUGCCUCCCCUCCCACCAAGGAGCCGGAAAAACCUGCAGCGGAGCCCAAAGCGGAGGUGUCUAAGCCUGCGGAAGUCACCGACCCUGCCCCCAAAGCCAAGGAGAAACCAGCCGCCCCUGCGAAAGAGCCAGCCCCCUCCACUAAGGAAGCCGCCCAAGCUCCAGAGGUCAAGGCCCAGGCGCCUGCACCACCCGCAGCCCAGGCUGAAAGCAAAGACGAGGCCGACGCUAAAAAGACUGAGGCCCCGGCAGCACCAGCGGCUAAAGCCGAGGCGGCCCCUGUUGCCGCUGCCCCCCAGGCCAAGCCCACAGAAGCAGCAGCGGCAGCCCCGGCCAAGGAGGCCCCAGCUGCUAGUUCAACAGCAGCACCACUGGCUGCCACUGAGCCCGCUGCACUGGUCAAGGAGGCCAAUGCCACAGAGGCCCCAGUUCCAAGCAAGGAUCAAACCGUAGAAGUUCAAGAUUAAUGGACACCUCUUUUAAGAAAAUAAAUUGCAUUAAACAACAAAAAUGAAGUAAAAUAGAGAAAAAAUUUAAUAAAAUAGCCCACCCAUAUUAAUAUUAUAAUAAUAAUGAUUUGUUGGAGGAGGAGGAUUGUGACAACCUUGAGAAGGAUGAUGAUGCUGCUGAUGCCGAUGAUUAUUAUUACUAUUAUUGUUAUGGUUAUUCUAUUUUUUCUGCUGUAGUAUUUGAACUUAAAUAAAAGUCUGUGUCAGCCAUA